GGAAAUUGCGAAUUUCAGUUAACAUUUGUCAGCGUGAGCGCGCGUAUCGACAUCGGCGGACGGACAAGAACAAAAACAAUGUCUAAUCAGUGCCAGAACCUUAUAGCGCUCCUCAGCUGUGGAGUGCUACUCAGCACAUGCGGCUUGUGCCUCGCCUAUCAAGAACGUCCGGACUUUUGCAUAGACACGGAACCUCUGCUGCUCGAUGAUAUAUCAAAACAAGUGUUUGUACUCAGCGAAAAGCAGCUCAGGUGUAAUGUAACUGCCACCACACUGACUGCCAAGGAGAAGGAAAGCCUUAUUGAUACCCUGUGCAGGGAUCAUGGCUCAACGCUGGGUCAGCACAGUCAUCAUCAUUACUUUAAGCUGCACAAUGGCGAGCUAAAUGGGCGUGGCACUCAGCAAGAUAUAUGCGCCCAAAGUGCUCGCUCCAUGCUAGCCUGGGUGCCGUACAAGACCAUGUUGCUGCAAUAUGGCCAUGAGCUGAAUCCCAAGGAGCGACUGAGCUACAUGGCAAAGGCAACUAGUGUGGAGCGCGAGAAGACCGAACUGUGUCACUUUAGGCAUACGGAUCUGGUCAAUGGCGUGCAGGAUAAUCUCUUCACCUGCGUGGUAAUGAUAUUUGAGGAUAAUUUUUAUGGCGUGGAGGAUAACAUCAAUGUGCUUGUAGAGCUGCAGCCACUGAUGUAUCAGCUGCGCAACAUUACCUAUUCGCCCUGGCGCAAUGUGACCAACAGCUACAAGAUGCGCUUGGGCAGCAGCGUGCUUAGGAAUCCCAGCGGACAACGCAAGCCCAUUUAUGGCAGCAUUAACUACGCCUUUGUGGAAAAGAUACGUCUGAACAUUAGCAGCGUUUAUGGUCAGAGCUCACUGAAGCGGUUGCCCCUGCUGUUGGAGCAUCGUGGUUCGGUAUUGGAAUUGGAUGCGGCUGGUGUGGGUGGCAUGGAUGUGCAAGAGCAGGCGUACUUUGGACGCACUAUGGAUGCCAAAACCGAAGUGCAGCUGCAGGUUAUAGGGCAGUGGAUGGACCAACAUCGUGAGUUUACCGCGGAUAUCUAUGAGUACUACGGACAUGGUUUGUUGCUCUAUAAGCAGGCCAUAGCUGGUGGCCGUGUGACCUUUGUGCGGAUUGAUAGUACAGAGCCAGCCUUUGAGGCGCCCGAGUCACAAAAUCUGGCCAAGGCAUCGCUAUUUGUGGAUCCGGCCGCAAUGCCAGCUAAGCUGAGUGUUAAUAGCAGCGUCAGCGAAUGGCACGAGGAGCAACAAGAAGAUGAAAAUAACUCCUCCUUUUAUCCUUGGUUUGUGCUCAGCUGCCUCUUGAUUGGCAUUGUUGUGCUUGUCCUAGUUUAUGGUGUUGUGCGUGUGAAUAAUAAAAAAAAUCAGCAACGGCAGAAGUAUGAGCUGCCCAAUGCCAACAAGCCACCGCCAACAGUAGCCUAAAUAAACAUUUUCUUAUA